CGAAUCGUUCAAAAGAACCGACUGACACGAGAACAAGGACAUCAUCUGCCUUUUGUGUGUGUGUGUGUGUGUGUGUGUUCACUAACCUCAACUUCUUCAUAGCGCGGCGAGUCUGGCUUCUCACGGGAUGCUUUAGGCAGAUUUUAGACACAUUUUCAUAGACAUUUGCGUUUUUUAUUUAUUUAUUUUUCUCGUUGUGCGUUUGUGAAUAUCACAUGCGGAGCGAUUUUAUGCGCAGGUUCAUUUGAGUGAAGUAUUCAUUUGGCGAUUUUUAUUUCUACCUGUGUUCUAUAUCCGACCCGCAUAUGGACAUACCGAGAAAUCUUUUCUGCUUUAUACCUCUCGACAUGAGAUGAAACCCAGAGGAGAUGUUAUGUAUACUGAAUAACGAAAAGAAGAGGACGCACUAUUUUGGCACAUGAAUUGGGAAUAUAAAGCGGCGGAAUAUAAAGAGGCGAAUAGACACUGGUUAUGGUUUUUAUGAACCUUUCAUUUCAGGGUUGCUCAGAAUGCUUAAAUUGUAAGCCAUCAGCUUAGAUUUAUAAUAUAGGAACUGUUGUAGGUAAUGCAGGCAUGCUGAUUCAUUUGUUUUGCAAUGCAUUUUAUAAUCAUACCGUAAGGGAAGUGAUGUAGUGGAUAUUAUAUAGCUACAGAGAAGGUUUCUUGUUAUUGGCUAUUUAAGCAAAUGAUGGUGGCACUCUAAAGCCAUUAACACCCCAGUAGCUGACAUUGGCAUAUAUGCAUAGGAUAUCAAAUAAUCUCUUUUCUCUUUGCUUUAGGGGUUAAUGUUGGAAUCUGUUUGUUUGGCAUAAUUUGUUAAUUAGCAUUAGUAGUUUAUAAGUCUUAAUUUAGAAGACAAGAAAAGACAGGAUACUUCAGAGACCAUAAUCAGCUUAAGGUUUACAGCAGCCAUAGCUGGUGGCACUUUUGCAUUGUGCAUCUCCAUUGCUUUCCAGCCCCUAAGUGGCUUGCUAUUAUAUAUUUCUAAUAUAAUGGACCCCGAUCACUUGGCUGAUGGCUCCUCCAGCAAUGGCAUGGAGAUCAUGCCUGGCUAUAUGGAGCUCAUCACUAGAGCAUAUUCAGUCAUGUUCACUGCCUUUAGAGACUGUAAAGACUGCGGGCUGGAGCUGUCCAGAAGAACCUUGCUGGAUCAUGCAUACAUAACUUGGAUGGAGAUCUUCAUGUUCCUCAUGUGUGCAGUCAUGUGGACAAAGGUGCGCAGGGGACUGGCCGUGUACAUCUUUGAGCCUUUUGCACAUUGGUGUUGUAUUCAACCAAAAGAUGUCUCAAAGAUGCCGGAGAGUGCGUGGAAGCUGGUCUUCUACACAAUGUCAUGGUCAUACAGCAGCUACCUUUUGUUUUUUACUAGCUAUUCCUUCUUUCAAACCCCCCCAUCUGUGUUUUACGACUGGAAGAGUGGGAUGUCGGUUCCCACUGAUAUCAAAAUAGCUUACCUAAUCCAGGGCAGCUUCUACGGACAUUCCAUAUAUGCCACCAUCUACAUGGACGCCUGGAGGAAGGACUCCCUUGUCAUGGUGGUGCAUCACUUCAUCACUCUGGCCCUGAUCACAUUCUCCUAUGCCUUCAGAUACCACAACAUUGGCAUUCUCGUCCUCUUUCUUCAUGACAUCAAUGACAUUCAGUUGGAAUUCACCAAGGUCAACGUUUACUUCAAGACCCGGGGAGGGAAAGAGCACCUCAUCAACGAUGUCCUGUCCAACAUGGGGGCCAUUAGUUUUAGCAUCACAUGGUUUUGGUUCCGUUUGUACUGGUUCCCCCUCAAAGUUAUGUGGGCGUCCUGUGUCACCAGCAUCCAGUCGGUUCCUCACAUCCCCUUCUACUUCUUCUUCAACAUACUCCUGUUUGCCCUGCUCCUCAUGAAUAUCUACUGGUUCCUGUUCAUUGUGCUUUUCGUGGUGAAGGUCCUAACGGGCCAGAUGACAGAGGUAAAUGACGUCCGGGAGUACGAGGAUGAGGACCUAAAGGAAAAAAAAGACACUAAUGAUCAGAUGUCUACUGAAGGGAAACACGUGCAGAAUGGGACCACCAAGAAGAAACAUCUAUAAUGUCUAGGUGCUGCCACCUGCAGGCACUUAAUGUUGACUGCAAGGUAUUUAUGUGAACUAGUUUGAUUCAAUAACCUCAGAACGCCAAGGUGCUUGGACAGUCAUAAGAAACAAUAUCGACCAUCAUUUGCAUUUUAUCUUGAUUAUUAUAAUUGUAAUAUAUAUUAUAAUUGUAAUCAUAGCACUGUGAAUGUUAUUUGUUAUCUGUCUUGUGUAUUGCUUAAUUUUCGAGUUAAAUGAGUGACCUCUCAUUAAUUGUUAAUCAGGAACUUACAGUGAGAGUGACUAUGAUAUCUCUGCCUGUGAGAAACAAACCCAUGCAUUUUGGAGAACGGCGGAAACCAUGAUAAACAGGUUUUGUGGUCGUCAUCUGGGACCACGUUUUUUUUUUAGAUUUAGACCACUGUUUUUGUUGUUCUGAUGUAUUUAUUUUCAUUCCAGGAGUGAAAAAAUUUAAAAGGGGUUAAUACAUAACUUGUGGUAUUGAGUACUAGUGGAGUGGUUCUCAAAUGGUGGGUUGAAGGUCUGAUCUGAAAAGCAAUUGAAAUGGAAACGUUAGAAGUGUAUAAUGUUAAAUGCAAAUGAAAAAAAAAAAAAAAAUUAACUGUAAUAACACAGACAGUUAAGACAGUAUAUGAAACAAAUUCUUACCAUAUCUUUUGUUGUUGGCAUCAAUGGGCAGGUUGUGCAUCAAAUCACGGUCAAUGGUAAUUUGGCACAAAUUUAUGUUCAUUAUUAGUAACUAGUCAAAGUAGGACAUAUGCCAGUCUCUCGAAAACCAUGAAUAAAAUCUUGCAUGAUAAAAACCAAAAAAAAACUAAACAUUCAGAAUACAAUAAAUACAGGUAUACACGAAUAAACCGUUUGUGUAGAAGUCAUGUUACAUAUUCUGCACACUGCAUAUUAAAAAGUACUAAAAAUUAAGUGACUUUAUGCUUUAAAAAAGAAA